CAAGGAAAAGAGAUAAUGUAGAUAAAUUAAAUGCAUUUCAAUAGAAGGACAUUGCAAAAAUUGUGUAAUUAAUUAAUAAUUUAUUACAUCUCGUAUUGUAUUCACGAAGACAAAUAAUCAAACUUGCAUAAAUUUAUGUAGCUUGAGAUGCUAUACCACAUAAACUCAAUCACUGAUAUAUUUACAUUGUCCAUUUUUUAAUGAUAUUUCAUUUCAAUUUAGUUUUCGUCUGCAAAAAAAAAAAAAAACAAAGCAACUUUUUCAGGCGAUCAGUAAAACAUCGUCUUCUAUUUUUCAGUUCUCACAUGAUCGACAAGGAAAAAAUCGCUUCUAUAUAUGACACUCUUCAUCAUCUGUCAUCUUCAUAACUGAGAGUCAUCAUAUAGAGAGAGAAAGAGAUGAACUCUUUUGCUUGGAUCGUAAUCCUCUUAUGCACACCUAAUUUCCUCACAACUUUGGCUCAUCAAAAUUCUGAGAUGUUAAGGAGCAAAGAUAUAUUGAUUUCCUCGCACGAAUUAGCGUUCGCCAAUAUGGAAGAAAAACAUGAGUAUGGGCGUCGAAGAAAGCUCACGGCGGCGGAGGAGAUCGCGCUGACCGGUAAGGGGCAGAAAGGGAAAGGUGCAUACGGCGGCGCCAACGUUGUUCACCGGCGGCCAGGCGAUAAGAAUGCUGCGGCGUCGUAUUCGUAUAGGCCUUGGUUCUUCGUUUUAUGCGCCGCCAUUCUUGGUUUCAGCUUCUUCUCAUGAAGACCACUAUUUUGGCCCUUGUUUUCGUCUUGUAUAUUUGGUUGAUGAUUGUAUGUUGGUUUGGUAAUUAGCAUUGAUGAAACUGAAGAUAUAUGCCCGAUUUUCGGUUAUUUCAUCACGUAUUUGUUUGAUUGAUACACAAGUUGAUGGAUCCUUCAAGAAAUAGAGGAAACAGAGAUUGCGUAA